AUGUCAUCUCUGACUGGAAGAGGAGAGAGAGUCCCCGCCUCGGUGAGAGGAACACAUUGGAGCCCAGACGCGCAUCACUGUGAGCCCGUCGGCUGCAGUAGGACCGGGAGGGACCGUCAACCCAGGGAGCGUCCCGCUCCGGAGGGGGCCGGAGGGUCCAGAGGCGACCCACAUCGGAAUAUGUGCCAGAGAGCGGACGCCGUCCCGUCUUACAAGUCCCUCCCUGGAUGCGCCGGGGACCGCGUGAGGAGCACCAUGUCCGCGCAUCCGGGCUCCGGGAGGUCCGACAGGAAAGUUGCGUGUUGCGAGAAGUGCUCCGCGACCCUGGUGGCCCUGAAGAAGCAGGCUCUGAGCCUGGCGGUGCACCAGCAGUCCUCCUGCAAGGACUCUGGCGACCUGUCUGCAUUUCUUCUCGACAACCUUCACGUCCACAGUCGGUCCGCCAACGAGUCCCGGGACAGGUACCAGGGCGAGUGUGGAGACUGCGGCGUCCACCUGCAGCAGCUCAAACAAGAGGCGGUCCAUUUGGCUCUCGGCCGGGCUCAGCCAUCGGCUAAGCCUCCCUUCGAACGCAGCUUCAGCGCCGCGACCCUGCUGGGCCCGAGCGAGCCGAAGCACGCAGACGGGGCCCCGUGGGAAGCCGCCGCCGCGGCCGUGCAUCAGCCGCACGGUCGCACCCACAGUCCUCACACCCCGAGAAGCCCGAGGACGCCUCAGAGGACCCCCCAGACCCUCAGACGGAGGGGGCCCAAGCUGCCCAACCUCGACAUGGACCGCUGGGUGGAGCAGCAGCAGCAGCUGGUCGCUUCCAAAUCAGCGUCCGGCGCUGAGGGUGUCACCAGGUACCCUAACCAUAAGGCUGCAGAGGAUGCGGCGCUGUGCUGCGGGGACGCCGGCACCGUCCAGACCAGCUCCAGGAUCCCUCACAUAUCCAGAGUGGUGACCAUCGCCAACACUGCUGCUAUGUCCCUUUUAGCCAGGGCUGCAGAGAAGCUGAACUUGACGUUGAGGAAGAAGAGCCAUGCCUCUGAUCCGGCUCCCGCUCAUUUGUCCACCUGCUUCAGGGAGCUGAUCCAGAAGAACCCUCCGGCCGUCCCCUCCUGCCUGCUCCAAGCUGCCACCAGAACCAGAGACUCACCCAGUGUUGCCAAGGUCACGGUGUCGCUGAGGGUGAGCCCGACGCUGUCGGAGGGCCAGCCAUCUGUUCUCCGUAUCGACCCGUCCAAGAGGAGGGUGGUCGUCGUGGAUCUCGUCGGCAAGAGGCAACCGCAGGCCGCGGUGACGCUCGGCAGGGACGGCAGAAACCAGAACGCCUUCAACUUUGACGCUGCCUAUCCUCGAGAAUCCGGCCAGGCCGAGGUGUGUGCGGGCGUCCUGGCUGAUGUCAUCCGCUGUGUGCUCAGUGGCAGCGAUGGAUGCGUUCUGGGUUUGGGAUGUGCUGAUGUGGGCUCCUGGUCCAGCAUGGUGGGGAGCGGUGAGAGCAUCCAGAAGGUCGGGCUGGUUCCCUGUGCCAUCUCCUGGCUGUACAGCGCCAUCGAGCGGCGGCGGGAGAAGACAUGGACCGACCUGACGGUGUCCGUGUCGGCCAUAGAGCUCUGCUGCGGAGAGGAGGACACGAUCAGGGACCUAUUGGGGGAGGUCAACCCCCAACCAGGGAGCAUCCAGGACAGCCCAAAAGCCCACAUUAGACUCCACGAGGACCCGGUCUACGGGAUACAGCUGCGUAACCACAACCGGGUGAAGGCCCCCACUGCUGAGCGGGCCGCUUCCCUCCUGGACGCGGCCAUUGCAGCACGUCGACACAAUGACUUCCUCACGUACUUGUCUCACACCUCCAUAAUGUUCUUCACUCUCCACGUCCAACCCCCUCGGACAGAGAGCAGCACCAUUGGCAAAGGUUCACGUGGCCCCACAAAGUUGACCAUGAUAGAUGUGUGUAGUGGUAUGAGGGGUAUGAGCAAGAAUAAACCUCCAUAUUCUGAACUGGGCCCUGUUGUCGUCUCUCUACUAAGUGGACAUAAAACCAACCCCACCAAGGGCAGUAAGUUGACUAUGCUGCUUCGAGAAGCCUUGGGUCACGUGAAUUGCCACACCACAGUGAUCGCUGAGGUUGAUGACUCACUGGCUCACCUUCAGGAGACCCUAUCCACCAUCCAGCUGGCUUCUCGCAUCCGCAGGACACAGAAGAGAACGAAGCAGUCCACUUCAUGUUCUCCUUGCGGGAGGAGUCUGACUAAAGAAAAGAGAGGGCGUCCGUCUUUGUCCCUGCGGGCGUUUCACUCCACCGACGAGGUAGACGUCGACAUCCCUCGUUUCCGUUUGCGCGGUGAACUAGAUGAGCGCUCCAGUAGCGACCAGUCCUGUGACACAGUCAUCCAAAUAGACUCGGAUGGCUUGGUCCACUCCAAAGCAAGCUCAAGAUUGGCACAACCUGAAUUUGUGCCCAUCAUACCCUCUUUGCAUCCCAACAAGGAGGACAUGGACGACCCAGAGUUUACCGCUCUGCUCCAAGAGCUUCUGAGGAUUCCUCAGCUGCAGGGAGAGAAGAAGACCGAGGAAACUGUUCAAGGGAAUAUUGAGGUGUUGAAAGCAGGCAUCAAGCAGCCAGCGAGGGACUGUCUUAAAUGUGACACAUUUGCUGAACUUCAAGAGCGCUUGGGUUGUAUCGAUGGAAAAGAGGCAACAACGGAUGCGCUCAAGCCUUCCUCAAAAGGCCCUUCUGUUAACAACGUCACAGCCACAUCACAACCCCAGAAAGACACAGGGAAACAGACCGACACCGAGUCAUCGGAGGCACCGCAGAAAAUGUCGUUGAAUCAAGGGUUGGGUCAGGCCUCUGUCGGAGAAAAGCAACUAGAUGGUGCCUUCCCCGGGGAUAGCUUUCAGAGGGAGGAUUCAGGCCUCUAUGACUGUGAGGAGUGCAGUGCAGCCAGUUCCAGUGAAGAACUGCUAAAUCAAACUCUCAGUCUGAACAUGACCUGUCGCUCUGAGCUGCCCAAAAACAGAACUCUGAAGUCAGCAGCGGAUAAGCUCUCUUCUCAGAACUUUAAUGUGGAAACUCAGGGCAUGGCCGUCACCAGUUCCGCACAUGUUACACAGGAGAGUUCUGAAGCUGCUGAUUGGUUCAAACCAAACAAAAGGACCUCACCUGUUGGCAAGAGCUCCCCCAUAUCUCCUCCCUCCUCCUGCUCCUCUUCACACUCAUUGGCUACCAGUGUUAAACCCAGAGAUGUCUUACCUAAUCGCUCCACAGAGGACGUUAAGGAGAUGAAGGCCACUAUCACGGUUACCGUUCAGCAGCCACUAGACCUGACGGGUCAAGAUGAACUUGUGUUCUCUAUGGUGGAGGAGGUGACCAUCAGUGGGGCAUUGGACAGAGGGAGGACAGGUGGAAACAUUAUUUAUAUCAGAGACACUGCCCAAUCACAGGCGUAUGUUCAAGGCUCGGCCGGCUCUCAACCAAUCAGGAUAAUCAGCAAUGUCUGCGAAGAAACUGUCGCCGCAGAAUGCUCUAAUACGAACACUAGCUCUGUAGCUCAAUCUGUAGCAGCAGAGGCGACCACUGAGAAGCCCCAUUACCAAUGCAGAAGGCACAAGAGGUUAUCACCUUCAUUUAUAAAUCACAUGCUGAUUGAUACAGACGUGGACUGUGAAUUUGAUGGUGUGAAAGAAAAAGAAAGUUCCUGUGGCACUUUUACAGAAGUCAAAUCACAGUCUGGUCGCCGAUGGAUUAGUGUCAAAUGUCCGGAAGAUGGGAAGGCUCUUCAGAAGAAAAGUGGUGCUUUUACUUUUGAGACGCAUGCCAACCAGUCUGACAAAGUGUUUGACGUAUCAUUCACCCAAAGUUCUUGUGACCCGAUGGUUUUGGAAGAUUCAGCUUUCUGCGAUGAAAUUGCGGAAAACGAAAUGCAAGGCAAGAGACCGAGACAAAAAAACAAGAGCCACUCGAGAGACAGGGAGCAUGUUUAUACCACCGGCACUCCAAAGGGCUCAGAGGUGGAGGGAAUCAGUUCCAGACGUGUUGGGAAUGCCCUCAAGAGAAUUGUUUUUUCACCUGGUUGCCAGGAAACCGGGAGUUUGCCUGGAGGCUGGCAACAUGCCAUCCACCAGGACAGUUACCAUUGCGGUCACAUGGCAGACAACCACAGAGACCCGAGGGGGGUGACAUCAUCCACCCUGAGCAGCCCGGGAGUAACUCUAGAGAGGAGGCAUGGCAGACAGCACUCCUCUUCUCGGAAACAUGGAACAGAGUACAAACAGCAUGCUGGUAGUGCUCCUAGAAAGGGCGUUGACUCUUUGUUUGAGACCUCGAACCUAAGACUGAAACGUGAUCAGAUGAGUGGGAGGCCAAAUUCACCCAUCGAGGACAGCAGCCGGCUUUUCAGUGCCAAACUGGAACAGCUGGCUCCCAAGACCAACUCCCUGGGCAGAACCCCGAGAGACUUCCCAACUCUAGAUCGAGGCAGUAAUCAGACCUCCGUGAGCUUUAAGGGGAGCUCCAAGGGAAGUGCUGAAGGGGCUUGUAUGGUAGGUUAUAAAGGAAGUCACGAGGGUGAUUGUACAUUACCAAGGGCUAGCAGGAGUCCCAGGAAGAAUCCUCGGACUGACCGCAGUCAUCACUACUUUCUUUCUGAAAAGCCGCUCACUCAGUCUGUGAGGCAUUCCUAUUCCAAGCUCUCUGCUGUGGGGAAACUUAAAAUGGCCAGCCCCAAAGUCCGUCGACCGUCUGUCCCCAGCAUCAAGGACCUCCACCGCAGCGCUAGUCUUUCUCCGGACUGUAAAACUGUCAGCUUUGAGCGGACGUCCUCCUUUCUCUCCUCUUCCCCUCCGCGGUCUUUUCACUCCAUCAGUCGCACUCCGAGCCAGAGCUCCACAUGCUCAUCCACAAAAUCCGCCAUCCAGGGGUUUGUCAAUGGCCGUCUCUCAGACCUUCUAAUGGGAAGAGCCUCCAGCCCCUCUUCAGGAGGACUGGACCAUAUGACCACGAUGCCCUCGCCGUACAGCCGGGUGACCGCUCCCCGAACGCCCGAUCACCUGAGCGGGCAUGCGAGCGACACCACCAGUGUGUUGAGCGGAGAGUUGCCACCAGCAAUGGGGAAGACAUCCCUGAAUUUCUCGAACAGGACCAGCAUGGUGAGCAGUGGAUACGACAGCAUGUUGCGGGACAGUGAAGCCACAGGCAGCAGCUUCUCCUACAGAGAUUCUGCCUGCAACCGGAGCUGCUCUCUCCUCAGCGUGGCUCGAAGCAGCCGGUCAUCUCGGAGGAGAGGCAACGCAGGUACUCACCAGCGCCGCCUUUCCCAUGGUGCACCUCUGUCCCUGAGGCGCUCGGCUGGUGGUCUGCUGUCUGGCUGGGUGGAUCGGGGAAUCCCAGAGGCCUACGAGAUCAAGGUGUAUGAGACCGACAAUGUGCAGAGGAUGCAGAACAGAGCAGGUGCUGGCCGACAGGGGCCUGCAUGCUUCAGUGCCAAGGUGUUUUUGGAGCACCGUCAACAGAGGCCAGAGGUCAGAGGUCAGACACAACAACAUGAGGCUCCACCUCCUGCUGCAGCACGUGGAGCCUAG